UCACAUCUGCUCAGUGGGGCGACAAGGACGGGGCUUUAGUUCGGGAAAGAGGGCAGAAAAAAGUUCACUUUUCUCCGCCGGGUGCCAAGAGAACGGGACAGGACUCAACUUCUGCCGGAGCCGCAGCUGUGUGCUACGGACCGAUCAUGGGUGACUGGAGCUUUCUGGGUAAUAUUUUAGAGGAAGUCAACGAGCACUCUACGGUGAUCGGCCGGGUGUGGCUCACGGUGCUCUUCAUCUUCCGCAUCCUCAUCCUGGGCACGGCGGCGGAGUUCGUGUGGGGCGACGAGCAGUCCGACUAUGUGUGCAACACACAGCAGCCCGGCUGCGAGAACGUGUGCUACGACGAGGCCUUCCCCAUCUCCCACAUCCGCCUGUGGGUGCUGCAGAUCAUCUUCGUGUCCACGCCGUCUCUGGUGUACGUGGGCCACGCCGUGCACCACGUCCACAUGGAGGAGAAGCGCAAGGAGCGCGAGGAGGCGGAGCUGAGCCGGCAGCAGGAGCUGAGCGAGGAGCGUCUCCCGCUGGCGCCCGACCAGGGCAGCGUCCGCACCACGAAGGAGACGAGCACAAAGGGGAGCAAGAAGUUCCGUCUGGAGGGGACGCUGCUGAGGACCUACAUCUGCCACAUCAUCUUCAAGACUCUUUUCGAGGUGGGCUUCGUGGUGGGCCAGUACUUCCUGUACGGCUUCCGCAUCCUGCCGCUGUACAAGUGCAGCCGCUGGCCCUGCCCCAACACCGUGGACUGUUUUGUGUCUCGACCCACCGAGAAAACCGUCUUCAUCAUCUUCAUGUUGGCCGUGGCCUGCGUCUCGCUCUUCCUCAACUUUGUGGAGAUCAGCCACCUGGGCCUGAAGAAGAUCCGCUUUGUCUUCCGCAAGCCGGCGCCGGCCCCGGCCCAGGGCGAGGGCUCGGCGCCUCCUCUGCCGCUGCAGGGGAAGAGCCUGCCCCCGCUGGCCGUGCCCUCCCUGCAGCGGGUCAAAGGUUACAGGCUGCUGGAGGAGGAGAAAGUGCCCCAAAUGACUCACCUCUACCCGCUGGCUGAAGUCGGCAUGGAGGCGGGCAGGGGGACCCCGCCCUUCCAGGGGGGGCUGGAGGAGAAGUCGGAGAAGGUGUCGCCCAUGGAGGACUUCUCUAAGGUGUACGACGAGGCGCUGCCCUCCUACGCUCAGACCACCGAGACAGGGGGGGUGAUAUUACACGAGGAGGAGGUGCAGCAGCCUGCGGAGAAGGAAGCGGAGCGGGUGGAGGAGGUCGCGGACGAGGAUGUGGAGGUAGAGGAGGCGGCGAUCGACGAUGGGGUGACCGUGGUGGAGGCGGGGACGGAGGCCGCCGAUACAAUAGAAGACACCAGACCGCUGAGCCGACUGAGCAAAGCCAGCAGCAGGGCCAGUUGGCCUCCUACACAUCAGGGGCCGAAUUCACAAAGCCUCCUAAAACAGACACAAGCUUUACAAUAUCAUUUGUGUUUUUAAGGUGCGAUGGAGAAUUUCUACAAACACACAGGCAUCAGGGAGACCUUUUCCCUGAUAUUUUACAUGUUCUGGAUUUCCUCACAAGCAGAAGGAAAGACCGUUUUUGCUGAGGCUGGCCGGUCAGUGAACCUGCCGUGUAACAACAAGUCAAUCGGCCAUCUCACACAGCUAACAUGGAACAUGAACGAGACUCAGCUCCUGUUCAGUUUCAUCCCAAAGCAAUCGUUCCACAUGACUCCUGAAGCUCAGAUCAUGAACAUGAACAUGUCAGAUUCAGAGAGCCAGCUGUACGGACUGAUCGUAGAGAGAGCCCAGAAGUCUCACACAGGAAACUACACCUGCAAGACCACCACAACGAUGGGAAUUUGGGAACAGAAGUGGGAACUGAUCAUUACAGACCCUGUGGAAGUUAAACACUGGAAUAAGCUUGCGAUCGCUUUGGCUGCCACUGUGCCUUGUGUGUGUGGCCUGAUCUUUAUAAUAGGGUUGAUCAUUAUGCUGAAAGUCUGCAGAAAGGGUUCAGACACUUGCGUUCACUCUCUCCCUGCAGACAUGCAUGAGCAAACAGAGGAUAUCUAUGAAAAUUGCUUCGAGAGCCGUAGCAAACCCAGGGCUCAUUAAUUCAAAGCACUGCCCGGAAAUGUAAAGGACAAGAGGAAUGUAAGACGAGAAGUGAUAGAAAGACGUGUGAAACCGUGCACUAAAGUGGAAAUACACACCCAGACCUCAAUCAUGGUUAUUUCUGGUGUGCAGCAAAAACAAAAUCCAAGUCCUUGUUUGCAUUGCUUUUAUUUAAGAUUAUUACUUUGGACUUUAUUUUAUAUU